AGCUGGGACUACAGGCACAUGCCACCACGCCCAGCUAAUUUUUUGUAUUUUUUAGUAGAGACAGGGUUUCACCAUGUUGGCCAGGAUGGUCUCAAUCUCUUGACCUCAUGAUCUGCCCGACUCAGCCUCCCAAAGUGCUGGGAUUAGAGGCGUGAGCCACCGCGACCGUUUAGGGAGGUAUCUGUUCUUGUCAGGCAGAGAGUGUCCUGUGGGAGUUUUGGGGAGUGAGGAUGUUUCAGAGUUCUCAACUCCUGUGGCUCUUCCCAGGUAUACCCAUUCUAACUGGCAGAUCACAGAGUGUUCCAGUUAUCACCAGUCUUAUCCAUUUCAUUUUAGCAGGACAUAUGAUUAAUUUCUUGUUUUGGACCUUUGUAAUUUAAAUUUGCUGGUUGUUCUCUGUUUCCAUUUGGUCAUCUGCAGGUUGGAACUUGUCUUGCUCUUGUUGAACUUUAUCAAAUUAUAAGCAAUAACCAAUACACUCAAAUAGCCUGGUAUAUUUGCCAUAAACCCUAAGCACUUCACCGUCAGUUUGCACAUAGUCUGAAUCCUUAGCAGCAAGAGAAUUGCUUAAUCAACGGCUUACAACAGCAGAACGUGGACUGCCAGGAAAAUUUCCAUCCUGAGUUGAGGGAAUCCUCAUUGUUUCUCUCUCUGGUUGACUCAACUAGUUCCAUAUUUGUUCUGAAGGUCUUUCACUCAAGAUACAACUUCCAGAUAAUCAUUUACGUAUUCAUUAGAACUCCUUUAGUUUCGAGUAGAGAAAAUCAUCUUGAGCUAUUCUAAUAAUAGUAACAUUGAGUGAAUGUUUAUUCUGUACCAGUGUCUGGCCCAUAAUAAGUGCUUAAUCUUUGUUGAAUGAAUGCUAGACAUUGCACUAAGUACUUUAAAUGCAUUAUCUAAUUUAAUCCUCACAAAAACUCUACACUAGGAUUUUUUCCUUUUUACAGUAAAAACAACAACAGCAACAACAACCACAACAACAAAAACCCAAAAAACCAAAAACAGAGAUUUAGAAACUGCCCCAGGACACACAGCUAGUAAAUGUUGGAACCAGGGUUUGAACCUAGACCAUCUCAUUUUUUGCUACCCCAUGAGGAAAGAAGGAUAAUUUAUUAUAAGAGGGUUGUUACAGAAUGAAGGGCAGAAAUUCAGAAGGAUUACAGGAUGGGCUGGAACCACAAAGCUGUUGGGAACUCAGGUCGUAUUCUCCCUCGGAUUCAUCUGUCUGCUUUUUAGACUAGAUGUGGUAUCCUUGAUGGGCAAAGGGAAUAUUGGUAAAAUUACACAACAGAUCAUUUCACUGAUCUCAACUUUUGAUUUGCCUUGGAAAAUCCCAUCAUUGCUCCCAGCUGUCUUUGUGACCUAGGUUAAGUCAUUCCAUUUCUUUGGGCUUCAAUUCCCCUGUCUAUAAAAUGAGAAGUUCUUACCAGAGGAUUCCUCAGGUCUCUUCUGUGACCUGGGAGUCCGAGGCAGGAGGAUUGCUUGAGUCCAGGAGUUCGAGGGUGUAGUGAGCUACAAUCAUACCACAGUAUUCCAGCCUGGGCCAUGGACCAAGACCCUGUCUCUAAGUAAAUAAAUACACAGAAAUAAAACUCUGUGAUCCUAAGUGAAUCUUCUAGGUCAGAAGCACAUUAAUAAUGAAGUUCCAUGUGUGGAUUUGAGGGAGAGAAUGGGGAAGGUUUCUAGGGAAAGAAGGACAGAAUAAAAGUUUGGGUAUAGCUUCAGUGUUGAAUUGCUAUUUAGAGUUGGUGUAAAGUGAAGGCCUUUGGGGAGAUAUAGAUGGAGAAUGGAAAAGACUUAUAACCCUGGCCUGGGGUAGUGGCUCAAGCCUGUAAUCCCACCACUUUGGGAGGCCGAGGUGGAUGAAUCACUUGAGGUCAGGAGUUCAAGACCAGCUUGGGCAACAUGGUGAAACUCCAUCUCCACAAAAAAUACAAAAAUUAGCCAUGCAUUAUGGCGCAUGCCUGUAGUCCCCCAGCUACUUGGGAGGCUGAGGCAGGAUAAUUGCUUGAACCAAGGAGGCAGAAAUUGCAGUGAGCCGAUAGUGCCACUGUACUAUAGCCUGCGCAACAGAGUGAGACUCCAUCUCAAAAAAAAAAAAGGCACGGUGGCUCAUGCCUGUAACCCCAGCACUUUGGGAGGCUGAGGUGGGUAGAUCACUUGAAGUCAGUUCAAGACCAGCCUAGCCAACAUGGUGAAACCCCAUCUCUACUAAAAAUACAAAAAUUAGCUGGGUGUGGUGGCACAUGCCUGUAAUCCCAGCUACUUGGGAGGCUGAGGCAGGAAAAUUGCUUGAACCCGGAAGGCAGAGGUUGCGGUGGUGAGAUAGCCCCACUGCACUCCAGCCUGGGCAACAGAGAGAGAUUCCAUUUCAAACCACCCCCCCGCAAAAAACAAAAAACAAAAACAAAAACAAAAAAGACUUCUAACCCUGACCAGACCAGAUUAUUUUCAAUGACAUCUCUUUCUCUCUCUGUUCUAUGAGCAAUUCUGUGUGUAGGGAGAUCAGUCCCUGUGCAUAGUGAUUUAAUCUGGUUUCUGUCUUCUCAGCUCAGAGUUUUUGAUAGGGCUUUUACGUACUAGGCCACAGAGAAAGAACCAAAUGAUAGGGGAUCCCAGGGGGGAAGGAAAGACCCAAACAUUUGAAUGGCCUAAUGAGCAAAUCACAUUUCUCUGGGUCUGUUUCCUUAUCCGUAAGUGAAAAAGUUUGGUGUAUGUGAUCUCUGUGGUACUGGGCUCAGCUCUUGACACUCUGUGGUUCUGGGAAGUGAGUCAAAAGGAGCUCUCCUCUUCCUGAAUUCUCCAUCCUUGGACUGGACCUCUCAUCUGUUUAUACCUUGCUGCCCAGUUUGUUUCUCCUGGGAGUCCUUUCUUCCUCAGUUUCCUCAAAUCCUACUUGCUUCUUAGCUCCUUCAUAUCCUCUUUGUUUUCUAUGUUUCUGCAGAACCCCAGAUUACACCCCUGGUCUCCAGUUCUCCAUCUCCAUGUCUGCCUGUUCCUUUCUGUAUCACUGGCUCCUAACUCAAGCAAUCUCCUUGGGUUUCUCUGAGGGGCCCCUGGGAUCCCCUAUCAUUGGUCCCUCUCACAGAAGCAUACCCUUCUCCAGAGCUAAAGGAUCAGAUAUUCAGCGGCUCAGGUGAGAAUAACCAGAACUCACCUCCGGUACCAGUGUUCACCUGGAAACAUGGCUCUGAGCCUCUGGCCCCUGCUGCUGCUGCUGCUGCUGCUGUCCUUUGCAGUGACUCUGGCCCCUACUGGGCCUCAUUCCCUGGACCCUGGUCUCUCCUUCCUGAAGUCAUUGCUCUCCACUCUGGACCAGGCUCCCCAGGGCUCCCUGAGCCGCUCACGGUUCUCUACAUUCCUGGCCAACAUUUCUUCUUCCUUUGAGCCUGGGAGAAUGGGGGAAGGACCAGUAGGAGAGCCCCCACCUCUCCAGCCACCUGCUCUCCGGCUCCAUGAUUUUCUAGUGACACUGAGAGGCAGCCCCGACUGGGAGCCAAUGCUAGGGCUGCUAGGGGAUAUGCUGGCACUGCUGGGACAGGAGCAGACUCCCCGAGAUUUCCUGGUGCACCAGGCAGGGGUGCUGGGUGGACUUGUGGAGGUGCUGCUGGGAGCCUUAGUUCCUGGGGGCCCCCCUACCCCAACUCGGCCCCCGUGCACCCGUGAUGGGCCCUCUGACUGUGUCCUGGCUGCUGACUGGUUGCCUUCUCUGCUGCUGUUGUUAGAGGGCACACGCUGGCAAGCUCUGGUGCAGGUGCAGCCCAGUGUGGACCCCACCAAUGCCACAGGCCUCGAUGGGAGGGAGGCAGCUCCUCACUUUUUGCAGGGUCUGUUGGGUUUGCUUACCCCAACAGGGGAGCCACGCUCCAAGGAUGCUCUUUGGGGCGGUCUGCUACGCACAGUGGGGGCCCCCCAUGCUGCCUUUCAGGAGGGGCUGCUCCGUGUCACUCACUCCCUGCAGGAUGAGGUCUUUUCCAUUCUGGGGCAGCCAGAGCCUGAUACCAAUGGGCAGUGCCAGGGAGGUAACCUUCAACAGCUCCUCUUAUGGGGCGUCCGGCACAACCUUUCCUGGGAUGUCCAGGCGCUGGGCUUUCUGUCUGGAUCACCACCCCCACCCCCUGCCCUCCUUCACUGCCUGAGCACGGGCGUGCCUCUGCCCAGAGCUUCUCAGCCCUCAGCCCACAUCAGCCCACGCCAACGGCGAGCCAUCACUGUGGAGGCCCUCUGUGAGAACCACUUAGGCCCAGCACCACCCUACAGCAUUUCCAACUUCUCCAUCCACUUGCUCUGCCAGCACACCAAGCCUGCCACUCCACAGCCCCAUCCCAGCACCACUGCCAUCUGCCAGACAGCUGUGUGGUAUGCAGUGUCCUGGGCACCAGGUGCCCAAGGCUGGCUACAGGCCUGCCAUGACCAGUUUCCUGAUGAGUUUUUGGAUGCGAUCUGCAGUAACCUCUCCUUUUCAGCCCUGUCUGGCUCCAACCGCCGCCUGGUGAAGCGGCUCUGUGCUGGCCUGCUCCCACCCCCUACCAGCUGCCCUGAAGGCCUGCCCCCUGUUCCCCUCACCCCAGACAUCUUUUGGGGCUGCUUCUUGGAGAAUGAGACUCUGUGGGCUGAGCGACUGUGUGGGGAGGCAAGUCUACAGGCUGUGCCCCCCAGCAACCAGGCUUGGGUCCAGCAUGUGUGCCAGGGCCCCACCCCAGAUAUCACUGCCUCCCCACCAUGCCACAUUGGACCCUGCGGGGAAUGCUGCCCGGAUGGGGGCAGCUUCCUGGUGAUGAUCUGUGCCAAUGACACCAUGUAUGAAGUCCUGGUGCCCUUCUGGCCUUGGCUAGCAGGCCAAUGCAGGAUAAGUCGUGGGGGCAAUGAUACUUGCUUCUUAGAAGGGCUGCUGGGCCCCUUUCUGCCCUCUCUGCCACCACUGGGACCAUCCCCACUCUGUCUGACCCCUGGCCCCUUCCUCCUUGGCAUGCUAUCCCAGUUGCCACGCUGUCAGUCCUCUGUCCCAGCCCUUGCUCACCCCACACGCCUACACUAUCUCCUCCGCCUGCUGACCUUCCUCUUGGGUCCAGGGGCUGGGGGCGCUGAGGCCCAGGGGAUGCUGGGUCGGGCCCUACUGCUCUCCAGUCUCCCAGACAACUGCUCCUUCUGGGAUGCCUUUCGCCCAGAGGGCCGGUGCAGUGUGCUACGGACGAUUGGGGAAUACCUGGAACAAGAUGAGGAGCAGCCAAUCCCAUCAGGCUUUGAACCCACUGUCAACCCCAGCUCUGGUAUAAGCAAGAUGGAGCUGCUGGCCUGCUUUAGUCCUGUGCUGUGGGAGCUGCUCCAGAGGGAAAAGAGUGUUUGGGCCCUGCAGAUUCUAGUGCAGGCGUACCUGCAUAUGCCCCCAGAAAACCUCCAGCAGCUGGUGCUUUCAGCAGAGAGGGAGGCUGCACAGGGCUUCCUGACACUCAUGCUGCGGGGGAAGCUUCAGGGGAAGCUGCAGGUACCACCAUCCGAGGAGCAGGCCCUGGGUCGCCUGACAGCCCUGCUGCUCCAGCGGUACCCACGCCUCACCUCCCAGCUCUUCAUUGACCUGUCACCACUCAUCCCUUUCUUGGCUGUCUCUGACCUGAUGCGCUUCCCACCAUCCCUGUUAGCCAACGACAGUGUCCUGGCUGCCAUCCGGGAUUACAGCCCAGGAAUGAGGCCUGAACAGAAGGAGGCUCUGGCAAAGCGACUGCUGGCCCCUGAACUGUUUGGGGAAGUGCCUGCCUGGCCCCAGGAGCUGCUGUGGGCAGUGCUGCCCCUGCUCCCCCACCUCCCUCUGGAGAACUUUCUGAAGCUCAGCCCUCACCAGAUCCAGGCCCUGGAGGAUAGCUGGCCAGCAGCAGGUCUGGGGCCAGGGCAUGCCCGCCAUGUGCUGCGCAGCCUGGUAAACCAGAGUGUCCAGGAUGGUGAGGAGCAGGUACGCAGGCUUGGGCCCCUUGCCUGUUUACUGAGCCCUGAGGAGCUGCUGCCCCUGAGUGAUCCGACGGGGCCAGUAGAACGGGGGUUGCUGGAAUGUGCAGCCAAUGGGACCCUAAGCCGAGAAGGAUGGGUGGCAUAUGAACUUCUGGGUGUGUUGCGCUCAUCUGGAGGAGCGGUGCUGAGCCCCCGGGAGCUGCGGGUCUGGGCCCCUCUCUUCUCUCAGCUGGGCCUCCGCUUCCUGCAGGAGCUGUCAGAGCCCCAGCUUAGAGCCAUGCUUCCUGUCCUGCAGGGAACUAGUGUUACACCUGCUCAGGCUGUCCUGCUGCUUGGACGGCUCCUUCCUAGGCACGAUCUAUCCCUGGAGGAACUCUGCUCCUUGCACCUUCUGCUACCAGGCCUCAGCCCCCAGACACUCCAGGCCAUCCCUAGGCGAGUCCUGGUCGGGGCUUGUUCCUGCCUGGCCCCUGAACUGUCACGCCUCUCAGCCUGCCAGACCGCAGCACUGCUGCAGACCUUUCGGGUUAAAGAUGGUGUUAAAAAUAUGGGUACAACAGGUGCUGGUCCAGCUGUGUGUAUCCCUGGUCAGCAGCCUAUUCCCACCACCUGGCCAGACUGCCUGCUUCCCCUGCUCCCAUUAAAGCUGCUACAACUGGAUUCCUCGGCUCUUAUGGCAAAUCGAAGACGCUACCGGGAGCUGCCCUGGUCUGAGCAGCAGGCACAGUUUCUCUGGAAGAAGAUGCAAGUACCCACCAACCUGACCCUCAGGAAUCUGCAGGCUCUGGGCACCCUGGCAGGAGGCAUGUCCUGUGAGUUUCUGCAGCAGAUCAACUCCAUGGUAGACUUCCUUGAAGUGGUGCACAUGAUCUAUCAGCUGCCCACUAGUGUUCGAGGGAGCCUGAGGGCCUGUAUCUGGGCAGAGCUACAGCGGAGGAUGGCAAUGCCAGAACCAGAAUGGACAACUCUAGGGCCAGAACUGAACAGGCUGGAUAGCAAGCUACUCCUGGACUUACCGAUCCAGUUGAUGGACAGACUAUCCAAUGAAUCCAUUAUGUUGGUGGUGGAGCUGGUGCAAAGAGCUCCAGAGCAGCUGCUGGCACUGACCCCACUCCACCAGGCAGCCCUGGCAGAGAGGGCACUACAAAACCUGACUCCAAAGGAGACUCCAGUCUCAGGGGAAGUGCUGGAGACCUUAGGCCCUUUGGUUGGAUUCCUGGGGACAGAGAGCACACGACAGAUCCCCCUACAGAUCCUGCUGUCCCAUCUCAGUCAGCUGCAAGGCUUCUGCCUAGGAGAGACAUUUGCCACAGAGCUGGGAUGGCUGCUAUUGCAGGAGUCUGUUCUUGGGAAACCAGAGUUGUGGAGCCAGGAUGAAGUAGAGCAAGCUGGAUGCCUAGUAUUCACUCUGUCUACUGAGGCAAUUUCCUUGAUCCCCAGGGAGGCCUUGGGUCCAGAGACCCUGGAGCGGCUUCUAGAAAAACAGCAGAGCUGGGAGCAGAGCAGAGUUGGACAGCUGUGUAGGGGGCCAGAGCUUGCUGCCAAGAAAGCAGCCCUGGUAGCAGGGGUGGUGCGACCAGCUGCUGAGGAUCUUCCAGAACUUGUGCCAAAUUGUGCUCAUGUACGAGGGACAUUCCCAGCAGCCUGUUCUGCAACCCAGAUUGCUGAGAUGGAGCUCUCAGACUUUAAGGACUGCCUGACACUAUUUGCAGGAGACCCAGGACUUGGGCCUGAGGAACUGCGGGCAGCCAUGGGCAAAGCCAAACGGUUGUGGGGUCCCCGGGGAUUUGGUCCUGAGCAGAUCCUGCAGCUCGGUAGGCUCUUAAUAGGUCUAGGAGAUCAGGAACUACAGGAGCUGAUCCUAGUGGAGUGGGGAGUGCUGAGCACCCUGGGGCAGAUAGAUGGCUGGAGCUCCACUCAGCUCCGCAUUGUGGUCUCCAGUUUCCUACGGCAGAGUGGUCGGCAUGUGAGCCACCUGGACUUCAUUCAUCUGACAGCGCUGGGUUAUACUUUCUGUGGACUGUGGCCAGAGGAGCUCCAGCACAUCAGCAGUUGGGAGUUUAGCCAAGCAGUUCUCUUCCUGGGCACCCUGCAUCUCCAGUGCUCUGAGGAACAGCUGGAGGUUCUGGCCCACCUCUUUGUACUGCCUGGUGGGUUUGGCCCAAUCAGUAACUGGGGGCCUGAGAUCUUCGCUGAAAUUGGCACCAUAGCAGCUGGGAUCCCAGACCUGGCUCUUUCAGCACUGCUGCGGGGACAGAUCCAGGGCGUUACUCCUCUUGCCAUUUCUGUCAUCCCUCCUCCUAAAUUUGAUGUGGUGUUUAGUCCCACCCAACUAUCUAGUCUCACCAGUGCUCAGGCUGUGGCUGUCACUCCUGAGCAAAUGGCCUUUCUGAGUCCUGAGCAGUGACGAGCAGUUGCAUGGGCCCAACAUGAGGGGAAGGAGAGCCCAGAACAGCAAGGUCGAAGUACAGCCUGGGGCCUCCAGGACUGGUCACGACCUUCCUGGUCCCUGGUAUUGACUAUCAGCUUCCUUGGCCACCUGCUAUGAGCCUGUCUCUACAGUAGAAGGAGAUUGUGGAGGAGAGAAAUCUUAAGUCAUAAUGAAUAAAAUCCAAACAGAAGUGCA